UACUGCGAUAUCAUAUCUCCAUCUUUCUCUCUUUCGGUGGUUGUGGACUUGUGCGAAAACAGAGAAGCCUGCCACAUGGAGGAUACCAUCGUCUUGUACCCAUCACCUGGCAGAGGCCACUUAUUCUCUAUGGUGGAACUAGGAAAGCAAAUUCUCGAACACCACCCUUCAAUCUCAAUUACAAUCAUAAUCUCCGCCAUGCCAACUGAAUCAAUCUCCAUUGAUGACCCCUACUUUUCCACACUCUGCAACACCAAUCCCUCCAUAACUCUUAUUCACCUCCCUCAAGUUUCUCUCCCUCCCAACACCUCCUUUUCUCCUCUAGAUUUCGUAGCCUCUUUCUUUGAGCUCCCUGAGCUCAACAACACCAACCUCCACCAGACCCUCUUAAAUCUUUCUAAAUCCUCCAAUAUAAAAGCCUUCAUUAUAGAUUUCUUCUGCAGUGCUGCUUUUGAGUUUGUGUCCUCUAGACACAACAUCCCCAUUUACUUUUUCUACACUACUUGUGCAAGUGGCCUCUCCAUGUUUCUUCACCUCCCUAUCCUUGAUAAGAUCAUCACAAAGAGCUUGAAAGACCUUGACAUAAUUAUUGAUUUACCUGGCAUACCAAAAAUUCCAUCAAAAGAGUUGCCACCGGCUAUUUCUGACCGGUCCCACAGAGUUUACCAAUACCUCGUUGACACUGCCAAGCUGAUGAUCAAGUCUGCAGGACUCAUAAUAAAUACAUUUGAGUUACUUGAACGUAAGGCACUUCAGGCAAUACAAGAAGGAAAGUGCGGCGCCCCAGAUGAGCCAGUACCACCAUUGUUUUGCGUUGGUCCACUUUUAACCACUAGCGAAAGCAAAAGCGAACACGAGUGUCUGACUUGGCUUGACUCGCAACCAACCCGCAGUGUUUUAUUUCUUUGUUUCGGCAGCAUGGGAGUCUUUAAUUCGCGUCAGUUAAGGGAAACGGCUAUUGGGUUGGAGAAAAGUGGUGUUAGGUUCUUGUGGGUGGUGCGUCCUCCCCUGGCUGAUAGCCAAACCCAAGCAGGCAGGUCAAGCACUCCAAAUGAGCCAUGUUUGGAUUUACUUUUGCCGGAAGGGUUCUUGGAGAGAACCAAAGAUCGGGGAUUUCUAGUGAAUUCAUGGGCACCACAAGUUGAAAUACUCAACCACGGCUCGGUUGGAGGGUUUGUGACUCAUUGUGGAUGGAAUUCUGUACUUGAAGCCCUGUGUGCUGGGGUGCCAAUGGUGGCUUGGCCUCUGUAUGCAGAGCAAAGGAUGAAUAGGAUUUUCUUGGUUGAGGAAAUGAAGGUGGCUCUAGCAUUUAGAGAAGCUGGGGACGAUCACUUUGUGAACGCGGCCGAGCUGGAGGAGCGUGUGAUUGAGCUGAUGAACUCGAAGAAAGGUGAAGCCGUUCGAGAAAGGGUUCUGAAACUUAGGGAGGAUGCGGUGGUGGCAAAGAGUGACGGAGGAUCUUCUUGCAUAGCCAUGGCUAAGUUGGUGGAUUGUUUUAAAAAAGGUUAAUCAUUGUAAACCGCGGGCUUGAAACCAUGAGUGUUCAACAAUGGGAUCUAUCUUGUUUGCUGAUCAUUUUUACCUGAACAUGAACUUUCAAUAUGUAAUCUUUCAAAAGAAAAGUAAAUUCAAAUUAAGUUGGUGCUCUGUUUGCUAA